AUGCAUCAGAUGCCGGAGGAUAUCGAUGCUGAGGUACUGGUGAAGGUCUCAGAUUUGGUGUGGAUUCGAGGCCUCCUUGAUGCUCAACGGAAGGCGUUGGAGGUCUCCAAGGCCACGAACUCAAUCCUGGCCGAUGGGAUCCAUCAUGUGCUGACCCCCUAUAUGAAGGAAGGAAGUGAGGCUAUUCCGAAACAAUACCACACUUCUUUCGACAGAUAG